AUGUCGGGAAACACUCCAGGACCAAGCAGGGCUUUGGAGAUCCAAGUGCCGUGUAUCGUCUUCCUUGUCACCACACCGGCCUUUGUGGCGACCCGCCUGUGGUCCCGAGCGAAGUCCAAGUCGGACCUGGGCUGGGACGAUUGGAGCAUUUUGGCAUCUUCCGUGUUUGCCGUUAUCGUCAUGGCCUUGAUGCUGGCGUCCUGUGCCUAUGGCUUUGGCCAACACAUCGCGAAUCUCACAGUACCGCAUAGGCGAAUGACCCUGAAGCUCUUCUUCGUUAGUCAAGCUUUCUACAAGCUCACCAUGAACAUGACAAAGAUGUCCAUCCUGUUGCUGUAUCUGCGCAUUUUUAUCCAGCGUUGGUUCCGCAUCACCUGUCAUGCGCUUUUGGUUAUCAUCACUUCCUACAUGGUGGCCGCCUUCUUCGCCUCCGUAUUUCAAUGCACACCAGUGUCCCGAGCCUGGGACAAGACCAUUCCAGGAUCAUGCAUUGAUAUAACCACCAACUGGUACGCCAACGCCGGCUUCUCGAUUGCUACCGACUUCAUAAUAUUGGCGCUGCCGAUGUAUCCGCUCUAUAAAACGAAGAUAAUGUUGAAGCGGAAAAUCGCCCUGAUGAUUGUGUUUGCCCUCGGCGCCUUUGUCGCCGUUACAAGCAUUAUCCGGAUGCAGACCCUGAACUUCUCGUCCACCAGUCCCGACACUACCUACGACCUCGCCUCGUCUGUAUGGACGGUAACCGAAGAAAACGUGGCAAUCACCUGUGCCUGCCUGCCAAUGAUGUGGACGCCACUUGCGAAGCUCUUUCCCUCCUUUUUUUCCAUAGAUCAUGGGGUCGACAGCUAUGGAAGCUCGGCUGUCAAGAGCUCCGAACUCCCCACCUCCCGGUCUCAAAACUGGACCACGUACCUUGAUACCAAGGGCAGCGUCAGUAUGAACCAAAUCAACGAUACCCAAAACCGCCCCUCGGAGGAUAGCACGGGCCAAAUCCUCCCGUCUGGCCAGGUCGGCGAAGCCCAGGAUCUAAAUGCAAAUGGCAUCAGGAAAGUUACGGAAUAUCAUGUCUCUUAUUUCAAUGCGAAACCGCCUUCAACCUGA